AUAAGCGAUUUUUUUAAUCAGCGGUUGCACGCUAUGACGUCAGAGGCGCACUUCGAGCAGAGACAACAAGAGAAAAUAUAUGGCGAGUGAUCUUGCUGAAUUCAACUCCGACUCUGACUGUUCAUCUUCUUUGACAUCCUUGCAUGGCUGGUUGUCGGAGGGGGAACUAGAAGACCUAGAACCGAUAGCAACGGAAAAAGAAGUCGAGGACUACGAGAAAGAAGUCGCUCGUGAAGAAGAAGAAGAACGACAACAGAACGAACGCUUUUGUGGCGAGAAAGAUAUCAAAGAAUGGUGCAAAUGCGGACAUUGCGAUCUUUUACAUGUGGUAAAGCCUGACGAGUGUAGCUGUUGUGUGGAGUACGAAAAAUGUCGCAGUGAAUUGGAAUGCCUGGAUCAACCUCCAACGUGUAUUACCGCUCAUCCAGCUUUUGAAGACAUUUGUCUUAAAAAAUGGGUUCUCGAGGUGGCCGCCGUCGGUUUGAGAACAAGGAACAAAAGGCUUUAUACAAAGAUGCGUCAAGAAGGACGAAGGACAGAUUCAGAGUUUUAUCGUGCAGUUUCUUAUCGUCAAUAUAUGCGUUUUAUGUACGGCUACAUUGGUAACUAUAGACUUGCGCUCCCUUGUUGUGUUUACAACAAAAUACGAGGGAAAUUCCCUGACGAGAAUAAAAAAUACCGUGGGUUUGAGCUUGAACCAGAAGAAGAAGAUGAUGAGGAAGGAGAAAGUGAAGAUGUUUCAGGUGAUGAACAGUCCGRAUAG